CAUCGGGACACAUAGAGGAUGAGUUUGACGAGAAGUUCGAUUUCGUAGGAAUGUUGAUGAGUUGCGAGUUUGAAGAUGGUGUAAAGAAAUCGGUGUCGAGCGAGAGAGAGAGAUUUUUGUUUUUGUUGCGAUAGGAAUUGUGUGAGGGGGAAAGGGUUGAGGAAUUGAAGACGGUGAGGUAUCGAAUUUUGAGGAGUGUUUUGUUGUUACGAGAGAAUCGUAAUUGGAUUGAGUUUUGAGGAGUGUCUAUGUGGACGUAGAUGAGCUUUGGCUGCACGGACUGAAGGAUUAGCUCUCUCAGUCUUGGUUGGAGAGAUGGUGAUACAGUUGGAGAUGGACAUGGAGGAAGCGGAAUGGAGCAAAAGGGUGAAGUUAGACGUUACUGGAUAGGUAGAAACUUUAGGUGUUUGCCUAUUGUUCCAUAAUCCUCAAAACCUGGCUCUGAGGACGGCAUCAGAGCAGGUGACGCUGCCAGCAACAGCUGACAACGCUAUGUCAAACUUGCUCAUUGUUAGGAGUUCAGUAUGUGGCGUCCAAUGCAGUGGAGUGAUAGAUGCAAGCGAGUUUCAGGAUCGGCGCGUCAUUUCGAUCAAUUGAUGCUAUUUCGCAGAACUAUCAAUCCAGUGUUGUGGAGAAGUUGCUCCAUGCGUCUGUCUUUAGAACUCUAGAAAUCUGCGAAUCGCUCUUACUCGAUCUCAUUACUGAAUAGGCACGACGAAGAUGCCACGAGGUUAAUUGAGGGAUACAAAACACAGGAGGUCAUCCAUUGGAGCCAGACUAGUCGAGUUUUCAGAAUCAAUGAUUGACUGCUUUUCUUGGAGCAUGUUGAUAUGUGCAAUGCACAUUGUGAUUCAUCUCGGCUCCAUUAGAGUUAAUUAAUGAUUAGAUAUAGGUAUGUUGCCUCGUCUUUAGAGAAUCUUACUUGUGCAUCAUGGUGAAAGUCUAAGGAAUGUUGAUGCACGUGCUUAUACACGAAUCCCUGACUAGAAAACAUGACGGAGAAUUGCUGAAAGCAACCAGUAAAUUAUGGGAGAGAUAUUCGCGAACUUAUCAAGGGUAAUCAAACUGAUGAUUGGAAAGUUUACAUCAAUGGUUCACUGUACAAGCGGACGUUGCAGACCUGGCGUGGAAUUGGGAUAGCCUGUGAGCGAGAACGCCCUGCUAUCACACAGUUUCCUAAACUAUUGUCACUGGGAAGUUCUGUUUCAUGGUGACAGUUCUUUCUUGUGCAAUCGUGUGUGUGUGUGUGUGUAUCUAUACCUAUACGCACGUACAUAUAUUGGUUUGAUGGCCCUGGACUAUGUGAGAAUCUGAAGAUGGCUACUAUUCUGUUCUGUGUGUUUUGGAACAAUGUGCUGGUUUUAGAGAAACUUUGAGAGCAGAUAUUGAUUUAGGCCGCUUUCAGUGGCUAGAGUCUUGGUCCAAGCUCAUAAAUCUGGUUCAAGUCCAGCCUGGUCUCACUCUUCGAGUAUUUUUAAUGCGUAGGUGCAAGGGGCCGUACAGAAAUUUGAGAACCUCUACAAUUUGGAAAUACAUUGAUGCUGAUUUCGAAGUUAAGGUGUUAUUCAUAGCCGCUGGAUUGAUCAACGUGAGAUUCGUGAAUCCAGGAAAGUAGCUCAGGUGGUCAAACGAAACGGAAAAAUCCUGUUGACAGCAAUAAUGCAAGUAUUCCGACACCUGACUUGGGCGUUGUGCAUUUCAGCCCAUCAAACGGUGGGACCUCCAUCUGGCGAAAUGGGGAGGUGAUGAAUCGGACCACGUGAUGUUGGGGUCUGUGUUGGCCUUUGUUUAUUUUAGUAUGAUGUUGAUACACUGCACUGUGUGGGUGUUGAUUAAGCUCUAGGACUUCAAGCUAGAUGUAUAUUAGAGACAUCUAGUCUUUAAUGCCCACACUGUGUGGGUGUUGAUUAAGCUCUAGGACUUCAAGCUAGAUGUAUAUUAGAGACAUCUAGUCUUUAAUGCCCACACUGUGCGAUGCUGAACUCAUGUUUUGUCAUAGAGCAAAAUAUCUGACAUAUCCACCCGAAGGCUAAGCUUCAGUGUCAUCUAUGCUGAACUUGUGGUCAUCAAAGUCUUCCACUCAUAGCGAUUUGGAAGGUACUACAUCAUUAUUGGGUACUACUAGAGCACUUUCGGAAUAUCACCAGGUUGAUAAUCAGCUUGAGGAAAGGCCUUUUUCUCAAUCUUUUUGUUUUAGAGCUUCAAAGUUUUGAAUAUUUUAGUGUGCUCAGGGUAUCUAGUUGCCAAAGACUUCGUCGUUUCACAAAAGGAGGAGGAGGAAUGAGAACAGAGAGCAGACUAGAAGAGUUCUCUUCACGAAGUAUGAUGAUUUCUGGUCCGUUAGCAUGUUAGACUGGAUGUGUGAACGGGGUUUUGUCGAAGUCGAAUGUAGGCAUGAAAUGCAUGGCGAACGUGCAUAGAUUAAUCACGUCUCAAGUCUAAGGCUUAUCUCAGCUUCGCAAGUGCAAGCACUCAACAAAGUUUCGAAUUUACCUUACAACAAAAUUGUUUGAAUCAGUAGGGAACUUGAUUGACCCUGACUCUGCUCUCGUUACGUACUUUCUGCUGUUCACAGUAUUGGCAUUCCAAACUAACAAUAAAAGCUGGUCUUCAUGACGUACCCCACAUUCUUUUACUAGCUGUUCCACACGCGUCAUCUCGCCGUGAAGGGGAAAUCGACAGGCAAGAGCAGCAUCGAAGUAUCAUGCCAAAGCAAGUCUAACAUCCUCAAAUAGAACAAAAUUGAUGGCGAAUCUGGUGGAUGGACCAAAGACUUGUCAGAAUUAAAGUCUGAGUAGGGCAACUUUGCUGUGCAAGCUUUCAAACGGCUUUCACGACAGACGAGGGAUUAGUAAGAGAAAAGAGGCUUAGGUAGUGGGAUUAGUGGAUAAAUUAGCGGCUAAGGGUACAGAUUGAAUCACUGGGCUGGUCACGUAUCCAAAGGGAUUUCGUAGUAGUUUCUUCUGAAAACCGUGGAGUAAUCCGGUUGCGCCAUGUCCACGAUGCUUCAUGAAUUGCACCUCAGCUCAAUUCUAGGGUUGCAUGCGUGGUUUCGCUAUAAUUCCUUCUCCACAAUUGGAUUGUGAUGUCGACGGCAAUUUUACGAGCAGCGAGUGCGGAGAGUAGAGGAUAUGCUUGAUGGAAAAAAACAUGAAAGUGGAAUAGGAUGUUUUUUCAGCAUGAAGUAGGUGACUUUACCUGACGGAAAAAGGGUGAAACACACGGUGCUCAAUACAGGACAUUCGGAGAUUUUCAAACAUUUCAAUGGGGUAGACUACAGUGGAGCUUUUUAACCUAGUGUUUGAUAUUAAGUAUUCUUCGUAUGGUUCAUAAACAUAAGGGUUUUAUAUGAAAAUAGCGGAAUGCCAGUGAGAGCACCGAUAGUUGUUGCCAUCUUUCCUUCUGGAAUUUGUCUCGGUGAUAACUGAUAAACAAGAUAUGAAGCUGCGAUAAACGUGGUACAUGGAUUUCUGUAGGAUGAUUAGGGCAUUUUCGAAGAUUCUGAGCAGAGUAUCUGCGAAUACCACCAUUGUACUACGAGUGAAAUAAUGGGGUGAUUGGCCUUCUGGCAGUGUCUGUAACAUGGGAGCAAUGGCGAGCUUUGACGUGCUACCUGAUUCCAUAGCUUGUUUGAUAUUAUCGAAACUUGAGAAUGCGCAAAUGGUUGCUCAAUGUGCUAUAGUGUGCCACCGAUGGAAAAUGCUAGCAAGGCUAGUGGAUACUCUAACUUUUGAGUCAUUCAAACUCUUGGAAAAGAAAUUGGAUAAAACCAGAAAUGCUACAUGCCUGGAAAAAAUUGUAACGCAAAUGUUACUAAUGACCCAUGGCAUUCGAGUUCUUAAGAUCUCUUACCACCCAGUCGUGUGGCCUUGGAUACCUAACGAUUAUUUUUCAGAGGACAAGGUUUGUCAGUGGCUGCAGCAUGUAAAUACUUCCUUGGAGCGACUUACACUUGUUGAUCCAAACCGUGUCAAGCCACAACCUAUGAAGCUACUCCAUCUCACAGAAUGUAAAAAGUUGCAGUGGUUAAACCUCUGUUACGGUUUCAUCCCUGAGAUGCCUAUCUUGCCGGGAAGGUUUGAACAGUUGGUAACCCUUCAUCUUGACUUGAUUUUCAUCUGUGAUAGUGCCCUUCAGAAACUUGUGGAGCUCGCACCAAUGCUCGAGGAUUUAAAAUUAAACUCCUGCAAGGGUCUGCGAACACCUCAUUUGACAGCCUUUAAGCUAAAAUGCUUGGAGUUUGCAAAUGACAUGGAUGUGGCUACAACACCAAUCACUGUUGUCGCUGUCAAUGCACCGAACCUGGUUACCGUGUCUCUGUGCCAUGUGGAGGAACUAGUGAUAGAUGGCUUCACAUUACAAAAUCUUGAUCUGAUUUGGCAUGUCCGACCUACCAUUAGGGAACUUCCUGUGUUAGAAAAUCUGCACAUAAGCGGAGAGGCAUGGGCGUUGGAUUCUGUGACCCAUUUGAUUCGACUGGGGACGAAUUUGCGCUCUCUCCAUAUUGAUGCUUAUUUUGAGCGCAAGUACCCUAUCCAGUUGCAAUCACUACUCCGUCACUUGCAGGAGCUCGUAUCCAUACACAUUGGCGCUGAUUUUUUUGAGUGUCUACAAACCGCAGGGGGCGCCGGGGCAGCUUUUAUGCGGAUGCAUGCAAUGACCCUCCCAAGACUGGAAAACAUCGUGGUCGUGAUUGGUUGUGGGAACAACGAUUGUAUCUCCGUGAUAGCCACCCUCCUCAAAUGUGCACCAGCCUUGCAGACUCUGAGAAUCGAUGCCGGACAAUUACGGAAAAGCAUGGACAACGUAAUGUUUUUCACGAAUCUGCUGGGAUUACAGAGGAACUAUCCCCAGGUCAAAGUUUCACUCGUAUGUCCUCAAACCCUUGUCUAAAUCUUACUGUACAAUAUGUAAUUAACCCUUAACCCAUCACCUGCCUAGGUUCAUCACACUCCUUCGGUCAGUGCUAAACCUCUCUGAAGCUUUUGUGGCAUAGCGCUCAAGUGUAAUUAAUGUGUACGCUUAUUGUCUGAAGUUUUGUCAGGUUCAACCAAUAUUGUAAUAUUUUGUAGUCAAAAGGUUGCCAGAUUACAUUCAAUAAUGUAAUAUAUCUAAGGCAUCACACAGAGCAGCUAAGUUGGUCUCCCCUUAAUGAGCAAAUCGUGACGUUGGACCCUUCAGCAGCAGUAUGUUUGUUUAUGCAAAUUGUUCCAUGGUUUUAACGCUGGGGGACUUGCAAUCGAUAUGUGAGAAGUAGAAGCCUGCAUGCGCUGCCGUA